AAGGGACCUAAUAAUCAGCAUUGUUGUAAAUAAAUGAAAUUCCACCCAUAUCGUCGACGUACAGAUAAUGUACGCAAAGUUAUAAUCGAAAUAAUAGUUUAAUGGCUACUGUUAAGAAAUUAUUUAUAUUUUCAACUACUUUUUUGUCCGGAAUCGCAGUUCUAAUUACAAUUAUUUGUCUGGCAACGGAACAAUGGAUAUACACUGAUAAAUUAAAAAUCGUUUCCAAAGAUAAUUUCAUCGGAUAUUAUAAUCAUCUAAAAUAUGGAUUAUUUCAGGGAACCUAUCGACAAGUGGUUCCUACAACAAAUGCUUACCAAAUUACGAUCACGUGUUUAGCGGAAAAAAAUAUAUGUGCGUUUAUAUGUGCAAACAGUACAGAUAUGAGAUAUUCAAUUUUAAAGGAUAUUUACGAUGGAAAGGACGUUAAUAUCAACAUUGAUAAUUGCCCUAAAGUUUCAACGUACCAUCAGUAUUAUAAUAGACCCAUUCAACUACAUAUUUCAUCAAAUUCUGUAGAAAAAAUAUACAUCAAUUGCGGAGUAUGGGUAUCGACGAUACUCUUUUUGGUAAUUUCAAUUACAUUCGGAUUUAUAUCCGCUUCACUAUCUUUAUACAAUACCGUCUCUAAUCCCGUUCAGGUUUAUUUAAGUAUUUAUGGAUUAUUUGUAUACACUGCCAUAGCAGCUUGUAGUAGUUCAAUCGCUAUCAUAUUAUGGGGAAUUCACUAUCACAAAAACAUAUUUCACAAUGUAGCUUUUUUUUAUACUUUAACUGGCGAGAUGUCAUCUGAUAAGACGGCAUAUUUGGGUUAUUCUUAUUGGUUGAAUUUGAUUCCAAUAGUAUUAUACAUUUCCAGUAUUUGUGUUUUGUACGCUAGGGAAUAUUUAAUAUCAAGGGAUCCAAAACAAAAAAUAGUACAUAGGGAAGAACACGGAGAUCCUAUCAUAUAUUUAUAUUAAUUCUAAUCUUUUAUUGUUAUUUAUAUCCAGUAACUAUUAAUUAUACUAAUUUAAAAUUUU